AUGUUCUUAGGCUAUGAGCUCAUCAUGUUCUUAGGCUAUGAGCUCAUCAUGUUGUUAGGCUAUGAGCUCAUCAUGUUCUUAGGCUAUGAGCUCAUCAUGUUCUUAGGCUAUGAGCUCAUCAUGUUCUUAGGCUGUGAGCUCAUCAUGUUCUUAGGCUGUGAGCUCAUCAUGUUCUUAGGCUAUGAGCUCAUCAUGUUCUUAGGCUAUGAGCUCAUCAUGUUCUUAGGCUAUGAGCUCAUCAUGUUCUUAGGCUAUGAGCUCAUCAUGUUCUUAGGCUAUGAGCUCAUCAUGUUCUUAGGCUAUGAGCUCAUCAUGUUCUUAGGCUAUGAGCUCAUCAUGUUCUUAGGCUAUGAGCUCAUCAUGUUCUUAGGCUAUGAGCUCAUCAUGUUCUUAGGCUAUGAGCUCAUCAUGUUCUUAGGCUAUGAGCUCAUCAUGUUCUUAGGCUAUGAGCUCAUCAUGUUCUUAGCGUUCCACCUCUCCCAGUGCCAGCAACCAGACGGAAACCAGCCAACAACCGGCCGCAAACCAGCCAGCAACCUUAAAGACACAAAGAGCCUGGCUGGUCUGGGGCUUGGCGACAGCUUGGAGCACUCAGCUGUGACAGAGAUUGAAAGAGAGGUCGUUCAGAAGAGGACCUUCACACGAUGGAUGAAUCUGCAUUUGGAGAAGUGCACUCCUCCGAUGGAGGUGAAUGACCUGUUCAGAGAUAUCCAGGAUGGAAGGAUACUCAUGGCCCUGCUGGAGGAACUGUCUGGAUGCAAGCUGCUUCAUGGAUGGAAGCAGUCCUCACAUCGUAUCUUCAGACUGAACAACAUCGCUAAGGUCCUUACCUUCCUGGAGGAGAGAAAUGUGAAGCUGGUUAGUAUUGACGCUGCAGAUGUUGCCGAUGGCAACUCUUCCAUCGUUCUUGGACUCAUCUGGAAUAUCAUCCUGUUUUUCCAGAUCAAGGAACUGACAGGGAACAUUAAGAGUCAGUUCCCCUCGUCCUCUAGCCUCUCCUCGCUUCCCACCAGCUCAGACUCCGACACCUCCCACUCCAGCACGCCCUCCUUCGAGAGACCGCGCUCCAUCGCCAUGAGGGAUCAUGGGAAGCCCAUCAAGACGCUCCUGCAGUGGGUCCAGAGACGAACCCGGAAGUACGGUGUGGCGGUGCAGGACUUUGGGAAGAGCUGGACCAGUGGGCUGGCCUUCCUGGCUGUCAUUAAGUCUAUAGACCCCAGCCUGGUGGACAUGAGGAGAGCUCUGCUGAGGACAGCCAGGGAGAACCUAGAGGAGGCCUUCAGGACAGCCCACUACAGCCUGGGCAUACCCAGACUACUGGAUCCAGAGGACGUGACCAUCAACCCUCCAGACGAGCAGUCCAUCAUGACCUAUGUGUCCCAGUUCCUCGAGCACUUUCCUGGGAAGGAGGAGAGGAGUGUGUCGUCGGGCAGACUCAGCUGUCGUGUCAACGACUCCUCCCACGACCUGAGGAACGGCGUCCACCGGAGCCGGGACAGAGAGAGGCCCUACGUGGUCCGGAGAGACUGGGUCCAGCCUCCGCCCAAAAUCUUAAUCUCCUCUGUCUCUGAGGAUCUCAAGUCUCCUACUUCCCCGGUCGCAGUGGAGCGCUCCUGGGUCAGCGAGGGCUCGUCGGUUGGGUCCACCCCCAGCCCUGUCUUCACUGUCUCCACCUCCAGCUCCCCGCAGCCCUCCUUCGUCGACUCGGUCAUCGGCUCUGUGUCUUGCGACUCACCAAUCAGUGACUCUGUCAUCGGUUCACCAGACUCCUGCUGGGAGGGCCAUCCAAACGAGGCAGUGACUCCAGACAGGUUCGUGGAGAGCCGUAGCGAUGGGUCGCUAUGCGACAGCGGGCUAUCCUGGGACAUGAGCAUCCCUCCCUCUACCCCCCACGGGGUCACGCCUGACCUGGAGGAACCGUUGCCCUCGGUUAUGGGGCUGACAGGGAAACCCCAGGAUGAGGAGAUGUUUGUUGACGAGGAAAACUACUCUCUAAACUCGUUGAGAGAGGAGGAGGAGUAUAACUACAUUCUGGACCUGAGUGAGGACAAGGCAGCCAAGCAGGAGCCUGAUCAAAGAGAUGGAUAUAACAAGUACAGGUCAAGUACAGGUCAGAGUAACAGUGUUAACAAGGAGCAGGGGUGGCCAUCUUUAGAGCUCUCUGACGAGCCUCAGGAAACUGACUCUGACCAGAAGGGGGAGAGUGUGUGCGAGGGUGAGAGUGUGUGUGGGGGUGAGAGUGUGUGUGAGGGUGAGAGAGGAAGAGCUGUGUGUUCUCCACAACAUGAGAAAAUUAGCCAAUCAAAGCAGGGCUCUGACAUCACACAUCAGGAGACCCCCGACCUGCAAGAAGAGCCCAAUCAACGGGACACUGUCCCGGAGACAUCAGACAGGACAUCAGAAUGUGCCAAGAAGGAAACGGCGGAACCAUCUAGAGAUUCCAGGAAGGCUGGAAACCCUGAGGAAGAGUUAGCUAAGGAACGUUCUGAUAAAGCAGAGGGUCAAAGUGAUGUGACUGACAGAGUGGAGACGGAACACAGACAGACUACUUCUCUGUCAGAGAGGGACAGCGAUGAGGAGUGGUCCCUGGAGGGGUCAGAGGAAAGACACAAGCAGGUCACAGAAGAGUCUGAAACACAAGAGAAGAUAACAGAUGUUCAGAACAACCACGUAGAGUCACAGGAGAACACUACGACACAGGUUGAUGAUGUCACAGAGUCAACGCAUCCACAACCGUAUAUGGAAAUGGACCAGAGUCGGACCAUCCUGGGGGGCACCUCAGAACAAUGUCUGGACCCGGUGGAGCAGAGCCAUACUGGGACAACUCCUGCCUGCACAGAUGGUGGGCAGAGUUCCACACUCCUAACAGAGGCCGGUAAGGAAGGGAUCCUGAGCCCAGAGAUAGAAGCAGAGGCUGGGGAUGAAGACAUGUGUGGGCACCCUGGAGGUUGCUUGGUUGAGAGGACUGGAAAGUGUGAGAGAGCCUCUUGUGUUGGAGAUGCUGACGUGAAUGUAGUAGCUCCUGAGGAGAAGAGAUUGGCAGAAAAGGAACAUGACUGGGUGGAUGGGUCUGGGACCACAGACAACACAGAGACCGUAGUGGAGGUCCCCCAACAGUGCACGGCAGUUUCCAUUAUACCCCUUGACAUGGUGUACUACCCCCACUAUGACGUCCCCAUCUCCCAGGUGAUCGAGGCUUUUGUGGAGCCUAACCCUGGAUCGGUCCUCACUGGGCUGGUUCCUCAGUAUCCUCUCUUUGACACAAACACCCAGAGCCAAGCUGUACUGCAUAGCCAGGAGGAGAGAGACUCAGAGAAGGACACAGGGGAUCAUACUGAUGGCGGUCAUAGUGAGACAGAGGCCUCUGCUGUUGAAGAGACUUGGGACAAAAUGGCAGACACAGAACAGUGUGAAACCAAGCCUGUGAAUAUGACCUAUACAGACACUGAGAGGAGAAGUGCUUUGGAGUCUGAAAGUGAACCAAUGGACUUGUUCUAUACAGACAGUGAUGCUGGCGAGAGUUCUAGAUCGGCCCUUGAGGAGCCAAUGACAGUGAGCGACACUCUGGAGCCAAUGGAUCUGUUCUACCCGGAUACAGAUGAUUGUGGCCCUGUAGAGGAAGCAGAGAACGACGUGGAGACCUCGCCGUGGUCCUCCUCCUUCAGCAAGUCAGUAGAGACCUGGCCCUCAACCUUCAGUGUGGCAGCGCUACAACCAGCACCAUCCUCAGAACCAGAACCACUGCUAGAGACACACACACAGACACACACAGACUUACACACACACAACACGCUGUAUCAAGAGGAACUCUGCGAGGUGUCAACCACACAGGAGCAGGAUAAGGAGAUUGAGGUGAGAGGGGGCUCUGGUGGAUCAGACCCCCAGAAACGGUGCUCCAUGCUGGGUGAGCAGACGGCGGGAGACGGUGCUGUGGUGGAGGUGGAGACCCACCGUGGGCCUGCUGAGAGCAGUGAUCUCACCAUGACUGACAAGGAGAGGCCUGGCUCUGCUGCUGCUGCCAGAGAAAGCAACGAGACCGUGAGAAGGAACGCUGACAGUGAUGGAGCCCUAGAUGAUCAGUGUUCUAUGUGUUUUACUCCUCUCCACAAGAGGAAGAACAAUGGCUCCAAUGAGAACGCCAAUCAGAAAGGUUUGGCACCCAGCCGAACUCACUGUACCAAGUCUGACACCAGCUGGAAGAAGAUACAGAUUCCAACGUCAUUGACAGAGUACUACGUUCUCCUGCUGCUGUGGCUGGUCCUCUACUGUCUGUUGGUGCUGCCACAGAUCCACUACAGAGACCUGCCACGCCUUCUGCUCAACCUGGGCACAGGCAUGAACAUUCUCACAGGAAAUGGCUUCUUAGAUUCUGAACAGCCGAUUGGUCGGUCCCAUUACAGAUUGGAGCUUUGA